AUUCCCGACGGCAAAGGAGUCAUCAUUGCCCGUUGUCUGUCAGUCACACCGCGCCAGGCCAGCCCUUUUUUUAUUCCAUUCUAUUCAGGGCUGUCUUGCAUCAGCAGCUCGCAAAAGUAGCGCAACUGAAAACCCUUUGCCACUUUAGCCCGAAAAGAGUGUACCAGAAAAGAAUGGUCUUACCAUAGCCGGUCGCACUUCUCGCGUGUUCCGCAGCCGUUUCCGUUAUUCCCAAAUAAAACCACCACCAUUUUUGCGACUUCGCCACUCGUUGCUUUCCUUCGCUGCGUCGCAAAUACUUAUCUGUAUAUGUUCGUCGCUAAUCCACAGGAGCACAAACUCUCCAUCACAUAAUCUGCGCGGCCUCUGACAAAACAUCAAGCAAGGAGCCUCGACUCACUUCCACAGCCGUCUCCGAAAGCAUGAGAUACGCCAUCCUCAACCGGUAGCAAUGGACGACAGCGACGACCCGCGUCAAGACGAGCUUGGCUCCUUGCAGGCUAUCUUUCCCGAGAUUCAGCCCGACGACCGGCGCCCCUACUGCUUCACAAUUGAACUACCGGUUCAUCCCGCAAAGCCCGUCACCGUCACGUUCCCCGCCGCCGCCAAUGCCGAGGAUACUGCCGCUGCCCAGCUGAUCCCGGGCGCCGAACCCCGCGUCGAUUCCCACGAGCUCUCUCACCUCCCCGCCGUCGUGGUCCGCAUCGACUUGCCCGAGGGCUACCCGGCAGGGAAGCCGCCUAACGUCAGUAUAAGCACAUCGCCACCGUGGCUUACCAGGGACGUCACAAAGAAGUUGGAGGGCGACGGCCAGCGACUAUGGGAGGAAAUGGGCCGCGAUAUGGUCGCCUUCACGUACAUUGACCACAUCCAACAAGCGUCGGACGAUGUUUUUGGCAUGGUUGACGGGAAUGGCACUCUGGAGAUUGACCCGUCGCACAAGAUCGCCAUCUUGGACUACGACAUAGAGGCUACUCGAGCUUCGUUUGAGAAGGAGACUUUUGAUUGCGGCAUCUGUCUAGAUCCCAAGAAAGGUUCCGUGUGCCACAAAAUGCUCGACUGCGGACACAUAUUCUGUAUCCAAUGCUUGCAGGAAUUCUAUGAUAAUGCCAUUACAGAGGGAGACCUGGCAACCGUCCGCUGUCUUGCUCCGAAUUGCUCCAAAGAGCGCGCCGAGGCAGGGCAGAGCUCGGGCAAGGGCAAGAAACGCAAGGUCAAAACGUCCAUCAGCCCCAGUGAACUGCUGCAGAUGGGCCUAUCCCAGGAGACGGUGACUCGUUACGUGACCCUCAAGUACAAGAAUGAGCUCGAGUCCGACAAGAACACCAUAUACUGCCCCCGAUCGUGGUGCCAGGGCGCUGCGAGAUCCAAAAAGCACAGGAAACCUGAGGGGCUGGAGGUUGUCGAUGAGAGUUCGGACGAGGAUACGGAGGACGAAGAAGGCGCCGAGGGGCAGGGCGGCGCGAACGGCAAGAAGAUGAAGGCUUUCAACAGCGGAGACCUACUGGCCAUUUGCGAGGACUGCGGCUUCGCCUUUUGCAGCCGCUGCUACCAGUCAUGGCAUGGCGAGUUCUACCGCUGCAUGCCAAAACGGGAUCAGGGCGAGCUCUCGGCCGAGGAGCAGGCCUCGAUCGACUACAUCAACCUGCACACGACGCCAUGCCCGACAUGCGGAGCCACGGCGCAGAAGAGCCACGGGUGCAACCACAUGAUUUGCUUCCGCUGCGCCUCGCACUUUUGCUAUCUAUGCUCGGCCUGGCUAGACCCCAGGAACCCAUAUGCCCACUUUAACGAACAGCCCAAUGGCAAGUUCACGUCGUGCUACAUGCGCCUUUGGGAGCUCGAAGCCGGUGAUGGCGACAAUGUCGACUAUGGCUUCGCUGGCGGUGCGCGAGAGGCGCAGAACGAGGCCCCCGAGCCCGUCGAGAUCAUCGACAUUGUCCCUGAGAUCGAGGAGCCGGACGAUAGCGAGUCAGAUACAGAGGCGGAUGACGUCCACCCGCUACCGCCCCCUCCGGCGGGCGGUGUUGCGCGAGAGGGACCGCUCGUUCUGCGUAUCGGAGCCGACCCCGCUCCUCGCGGCGGUCGAGGGGGAGCAGCGGGAGCGGAAGCAGCCCACGGUCCUGUCCCGCCGGCCGCGCCACCGGCGCCGGUCAACCCCGCUAGACGAGGUGGCCCUCUAGUGCGAGGCGCACGUGGUGGGCGUGGAAACAGAGGCGUUGAUGCUCGUGGCGGUCGGCGGCAGAACCCGCCGAGAAACCAGGCGCACCGGGUGCCCGUCGUCAACAGGAACGGGGAGAUCGGUAUCGGCUUGGUCCAAGAUGGUGAGCUCGACCCGGCGCAGGAGGCCUGGAUCAGACGCUUCGUGCAGAUGGCCCUGGACGAUGAGGAAGACGACAGCGACGAGGGAUGAAGAUGUUUGUGUGGCCGAAGUACAGGCAGCAGGAUACGAUACAGUCCGGGUGAUAGACAUGAGAGCGUCAAGCGCUUGUGGCAAGGCAACUUGGAGAUGGACGACGGGACGACAGAUCAGACAAGACUAUUAAUGACCCUAAUGAGCUAUCGAACCUUUGGCU